AUGUUGCUUUCAGAGUCAGGUUUUAAUGGUACGGGGCAGAUAUUAGUUAAAGUGGUCAGUCCUGAAGGACAAACGUUCACCGGUUACUUCUCAGAGGAUACGCUCAUAGAAGAAGUGAAGAAUCGAGCUAUUGAUUUCUUCUAUCCCAGUGGCGAGAGUGGUCCCAGUCGUUACAAAGUCGUUCGGGUAUUUGACGCUAGUACAUUGCAUGAGUUCUUAACUUUGGCGCAGGAGCAAGUGACGACGCAAGAGGAAUUUCUGUUAGUGGAGAGGAGAGUACCAGAAGCUGGCACUCUGUGGGAUUUGGGCGCAGUCCGUGCACCUCAGCAAGGGACCAUAGCGGCGGCAACAGCGUCCUUACCGACGCCACAGAAUACUAUGAGGCAACCGAAUCUUCAAUCUCUACUCUCGACGAACGAACUGUCUUACGAGUUAAGGAAGAUCUUGAUAUCUCUGAUCGAAGCGGGAGCUCGUCUAGCUGCAGCCGGUAGGAAUUACGAAAUGACUUUGGCGCAACUAUCAGCCGCUUUAGACGAACCCCAGAGGAUCCAUAAUAACGUCAUACAAGUGAUCACCCCAGAGGAGAUAGCUUCGAGGUUUAACGCUGCUGAUAUCCAAAGUGUGUCUGAAGAAACGACAUCUGGCUCAAACUCAGACGGUAGCAGGGAGCUGUUUAAGCGUGCUGAACAUUUGCAAAGAUUCUUGGAGAAGUUCCGCGCGUGGAGAUUCAGGAUUGCCCAAGCGCCCAACACAGAAGCGGUUUCUACUUUGAAAGACCUGGGGUUUUCGCCGACUGAAGCUGACGAAGCUCUCAGGCAGACUGGAUGUAAUAUACCGGCGGCUGCUUCUUGGUUGAUAGGUGAGCGAGGGUCGAGCAUAUUCGAGCUGGUUAAUGGGUUGCCAGAUGGCACGAUAUUAGAAACUUUACUGAAGCAGCCACAGAUCCAAAGGGGGCUUUUGAAUACUCGAAUGCUCAUUGCUUUCAUCGCGAUGGUAGGACAAACUGGUAGUGCAUCUCUGUGGUUAAACUCUCCCCACGGCAGCCCGCUGCUAUCACAAAUAUCUCGCACUUACCACUCGGAGAAAUACUGCCUCGCAGUGAACCAGUUUUCGACAGAGAGGCGUGAGCGAAGUUCAUCUAUGCCGUCUACUUCGAGACAAAGACACUGA